UGUAGUUCAAAUUGUAUAGUUGAAAUUCUGUAGAUGAAAAUUUUACGAGAGAAAUAAGUAAUUUAGGGUAAAAAUGUUAGAUGUUAAUUCUGUGUAAAUUUGUGGAAUUGCUGUUGUUUUUUGUGUUUAUUGGAAUUUUUGCUGAAACUUCUGAAUUCUCCCUUGACAAGUCAGAAUUAGACUUGAAAUUAUCUCUGAGAAUAUUAAAGGCUGGGAAUCUUGACUCGGAACCCGUAAAACGAGGCACCAAAAUCCAACUCAAAAUCAAGUCAUUCUCACCUCAACUCAACCCCCAAAUCACUUCCGAAAUCACACAAACAUUCAUCGUUGGAGAGCAUAGUAUAGAGCCGUUGAAUGAGGCGUUGUUGGACAUGAGAAUAGGUGAAAUACGGAGACUUGGAGUUCCAAUCGCUUCUUACGGGAAAAUUUUCUAUGAAUUCGCACUUCUCAAUACCAUCCCACAUCAGGAAUUUUAA